CACAGUGUAAAUAACUUGGGCUUUUCCUCUGUAGACUAGAGCGCAUGAGAGUGGAGGAGAAAUGAAUGAAACACUGGUUUGAUCCUGGUUAUUUACUGAACGUUAAGUGCAUCCUGAAAGCAGGACCCCAAGGCUACAUUACAGAUCAGACAGACAGCUGAUGGUUGCUGGAUAGCAAAUGGGGCUGUUUGACAAGUUGGCAGGAUGGCUGGGGUUGAAGAAGGAGGUGAAUGUGCUGUGUCUCGGCCUGGACAACAGUGGAAAAACCACCAUCAUCAACCAACUCAAGCCUUCCAAUGCCCAAGCACAAGACAUCGUUCCAACCAUUGGCUUCAGCAUAGAGAAGUUCAAGACAUCCAGUCUUUCCUUCACAGUCUUUGACAUGUCUGGUCAAGGCAGAUACAGAAACCUUUGGGAGCAUUACUACAAGGAAGGUCAGGCUAUCAUAUUUGUCAUUGAUAGUGCAGACAAACUGAGGAUGGUUGUGGCCAAAGAAGAACUGGAUACAUUACUUAAUCAUCCUGAUAUUAAACACAGGAGGAUCCCCAUCCUGUUCUUUGCUAACAAGAUGGAUGUCAGGGAUGCUCUUUCAUCAGUCAAGGUCUCACAGCUACUCUGUUUGGAGAACAUCAAAGACAAACCCUGGCACAUCUGUGCCACAGAUGCUCUGAAAGGAGAAGGUUUACAGGAGGGAGUCGACUGGUUACAAGAUCAAAUCAAAACAAUGAGAACAUGAGGACCUGAGGAGGGACACGCCCGAAGUAGCAGCAUCCAUGGAAGUUGUUUUUGUGAAAGAUGUGUUGACCAUGUUUUCAGAGGUACAAUGGGACAGUAAUGUUUUUAAUAGGGUAUUUAGAUUGUUCUUGGGUGUGUGAUCAAUGGAAAAAAUUAGUACGUAAUUUGAUUCUCUGGUACCAGUUAAGAACCGUAAAAAUGCCUCCAUCAACAGUUCUAAGUCAGUGAGAAACAUCAACUUCAUCACAUUUAUUUUUGGCAAAUUCUUAUUUUCCAUACAGUCUUUUUGACUUGAAACUGAUAGAUACAGAUGUAUUGAAAGAAACAAUAAUGUUUUAAAAAAUCCUCGGGGAAAGUCUACCUCCAUUUACAUUAUCCAUCCCAUUUCUCAAUAUCUUUGUGUACCAGGCAUCAUGAUAAACUAUAGCUGCUCUUUAAUAAGUCAUUGUGGAUGGUGCUGUCUUUCUUUUAAGGAGCAUGAAUGCCUGGGAUGUCUUGUAGAAAAUGGUUUGUGCUGCCUUCCCUGAAGAGACAACAAGUGUGACAGUUGGUGGAUUCAGACUGGCACUACAUUAAUGAUGUAAACUAAAUAUAUUAUGCUGUUUUUCCACUGGCUCACUAUAACCUAUAUUAGCUUUGGUGUAGCCUUGUGAGCUUCCCCUGCACUGUUACAACAGGGGAUAAAUGCUCUGAUCUACAAUUUUAAGGCUGUUGCUUGAGAGCUUGUAACAGUCUUUUCCUGUCUCAAGCCUCAAUGCAUCAGAUAUUCUAAAAACAACUUUUGACCGUCAUGGAAGAUACAUGUGAUAUAUGUGUAAUGGGCUAAAACAUUCAAAAAAACAUUCAAAAAACAUUCAAAACGACCUUUCAAAGGACUUAAGAAAUUGUUUCCACCUCUAGAAUAUGCCAAAUUCUCAAUGUUUCUUUUCUUUUUUUCCCCUCUUGUCUCUCAGGGCCUCUGUAGAUACGUUACACAGUUAAGUCAGGUAUCAUUUACUUCUACAGCAGAGGCAAAUUUACUGGUAUUUGUUUGAAUAAUACCAAACAUUUUUAUCCAUUCUUUAGCCUUUCUUUAAUUUGCAGAUAAUGCCAUCUCACUGUCACAUUAAAAACAACAGUUACUUUAUGUUUACUGCAGCUAAUAACUACAUGCAGCUCUGCUCAUGUUUGGUUACCAUUGCUCUUUUUUUAGUAGCUGUGAAAAUAUAUUUUGCAUUUUGAAGAUUAUAAUUGUAACCAAAAAAUUGAUUUCUAGGGCCCAGUAGAUCCUCUUGUGUAUAUAUUGUUACUUGUGAAUAUGAAUAUAAAAGUAAAUAUAGGUAAUAGUUACCUUAGCUGUAACAAAUGAUAAAAUGAUUGUCAUAAAUGAAUGUCAAAUUAGUUAGCCUGUAAAGUUUGUUUAUAAGUCAAAACUUCUCUUUACAAAGCUAAUUUUCAACUAGUGUUUUUAUCUUUGCCUUAUUUCAUUGCUCAAAAGAAAAACUGUAUUUAAACAAAAUGCUUCUUACAAUUUACUCAUGGUAAAUUCAGUUAUUCAGAGGCAGACAACUGAAAAAACAUCUGCUCAGUCUCGUCAGAGUUUAUAAUGCAAGCCUUUGGUCUUCUUCAGUCUCUGACUGAGAGCUUGCAUUAAAACUACAGAUCACUUUGUGUGGUUGCUUCUUUUUUGUCUGAUGGUGUUUGCCAAGCUCCAUCACUUUUUUUGUGUUUCACAGUUUUUGAGAAGUUUCAAGGCAAAAGGAAAUAGCUGAUAAAAAGUUUAAUAAAUUUGUCAAAAUAAUAGUUGCUCAUUUCUGUGAAAAUACAUUUUUGGAGUUCUCAUACAGUACAGUCGUUUCAAGACUGUACAAUACAGCUAUAUACAGCAAAUUUAGCAUCUUUGAUCGACAGCCAUGUCGUGUUCAUGGUUUCAAAUAUUAACUGUAGUGUAUUACCAGAGUGUAUGGGUUGAACAGGACAAAACGAUAACUUUUAGUUUUGUGAAUUUAGUCCCACAAGUUAGGAAUGACUGAAAAGUCAGUUCAUGGUUAGUCUGGCCAUUUCAACAGAUUUACCAGCCAUAGAAAACUUCACAGAUACAUUUCAUGUAGAACGAGUUAAAAAUGAAACCUUUACAUCAUCAAAUACUUCAUCAUUUUAGCUUAAACACAAGCUAAAAGUUCAGCUGCUGUUCCUGUCAGGCAGUUUAAAAGUUUUUCAUUUUGAAAGUUACAGAUAAUGUAAUGUUUCCUCUGCAAGGAGACAUUUCUAUUGAAAAAUGGUCCCUGUUGCUUUUAGCCCACUCAUGUCAGACACCGUCUUUUUAUACCACCACUGGGGGACACCCAAGUCCAAAAUAUUCAGAACUACUCAUUGUGGCAUUAAGGACACCACAUUGAUCUUGUAGUGUUGUCUGUUUCUAACUGGAGGUCAUUUACGAGUUGUAAUUUAGUAGGAGACACAUGGUCAACUUUCAUAACCUCCAGACAUCUUACUUCAUAUAUUCAGAACAAGGAGAAGGUCUUUGUGAGAUCAUAUUUCUUGUUCUAUUUCAAAACAAGGACCCUCUGAGCUUACCUUCACUUUAGCAUAAUAGAAGUUAUAUAUUCUUCCUUCAAACUGUAUUAUCACAUGAGCUACGUGUAUUUUGUUUAUUACACUGUAUGUGUUAACUUUCAAAGAAUAAAUG